AUGACGAUUGCUGGGGCCCAGGAGUCGCAGGGCCUUCCUGUGGUUCUCUUGGUUGGCGAUGUGGCCAUUGGCCAAAAGUUGCUGAAAGCCCUGGGAGUGCCCAGCUCGACGGAGUCAAAGGACACAGCCUUGGGAGUCAUCAAGAACAAGUACUAUUCGGCUCGCGUGCAGUACCGCUUGGUGGCCACCAGCGCUGCCACGGCGGAAGAGCUCGAAACAGCAGAGGCGCUGGUGCUGCUUUGGGACCGGCAGAAAGAGCAGCUGAAGCAGCUGCAGGCGUUGUUUCCAGCGGAAACUUUGGACGACGGGCCAGACCGUGUGCAGAUCUGCCUGGCUGUCGAUGCUGGCGAGGGAGUUGAAGAUGCAGCACGAGAAUGGUGCAUCGACCAGGGUUUCGAAUAUCUGAGUUGUACCCUUAGCGGCACCGACCUGGAGAUGUUGGAGCAAAGAUGCCAACAACCUGCUGCAAGCCGACGAACAGGCUUGCUCGAUGAGGACUCGGAGAACUCAGUGCUUCGGCUAAUGGAGGCCCUUGAGUGCCACAGUUCCUGGCCGGGCAUGCAGCCCAUCGCUUCGAGCGCAGAGAAGCCGCCAGCGGAGAGCCAGCAACCCAUGGCUGAAGAGGAUGCCAAGAGGAAUGGCUACACCGCCCUAGCAGAUGCAACUGAAGCACCCAAGGGCAAACCAGCAGACAGCAAAGAGCCGGUACAGAUAGAGAAGGUCCAUGAUCGGAUCCAGGAUGAUGACUUUGCAGAAGCCGACGAGUUUGAGAAGUUUGCGCGGGAGAUGAAGGAGAUCCGUGAGAUGCGCGACCACCAAAGUCGCAAGGACCGGGCUUGCGACCUGGCCCUACGCCUUGCGGCCUCACUGGGCGUAGAUUCCGACUCAGAUUGUAACCUCGGCGGUUCCAUCCAGGUGCUACAGAGUCAAGAAGAGCUGGUGAAUUUGGAUCGGCAGAAGAACGGGCUUCGGGAGGCAAUCCCAGCCUACUUCUACUGGGAUCAGCUGUCCACCUUUUGGGACGAGACGUCAGUGUGGUUUUGGCUCGCCGUGGUGGCCGGUGUGCUGGUUCUGCUGUUAGGUCUCUCCAAUGUGCGCGCAGCCCAUUCCCAGGCUCUGAGACGCCGCAUGCGCAUGGGCAAAUGGCCGGUCGCUGAGCCUGCAAGCCUUUGGGAGAUCCAGCGGCUGCUGCAGUCCGACAAUCCUCCCAACGCGGUUGGUGAAGGCUGUGUCUAUCACUUAAGCGGCCAAUUGGCUCCUGCGAACCAGAGCUACAUUGCGCUGGGCGCCUAUUGGAGCGGCGUGGUGGAGUGGACCGAGGACACCGUGCGUGUGAGAUCUGGGACGUUGUGGGGUGAACUGAUUGAGAAGCUGUGGGAGAAGCACCGCGCGCCAGUGGACCGCCCCGCCUACGACGGCAUCACCUUAGGCGCCUCCGUGCGGGUGGCGGCGCACGGCUGGACGCAGGAUGGUUGGUUCAUUGAGUAUGUCGUGGCCCUUCAAGCCGUUGAGCGUGGCUCUGGGAAGGUCGCAGAAGCUCGACGAGGGGACAGCAAUUUCUGGACCUUGGCCUUUGAUGACAAAUGGGUCAUCACAGAGGUGGAGCUGAAGACACAAGCAAACCGACUAGUGAAGAUCGAGAUGAAGUCGCAACCAUUGAGCCCAGCGACCACCAUGUAUGACAUCACCAGCUACAUCGAGGCGGAAGGCCUUCAAAACUGGCGCUCCAGCGCCUUGGCCACGAUGCACAUCGAACCCGGUAAAGUGGAGCGGAAGUAUGUGACCUUUGAUCCAGUUGCAGACGAAGACCAGAUGGACCAGACCUGUUUAGGGUACCGUCUACGAUUUCUUGGCUUUGGCGUGAGUGGCAUUGACAGCUUGUCGGACGUCAUGACAUCCAUUCGCACCUCAUGGAUCCUGGAAGUGAAUGGCUGGAAUCUCUCAGGCAACAUCGACAUCGAACUGCUUGUAGUGGGCAAUUUCGACUGGGAAGAAGUCGCGUUGAUUCUGUCGGAGUUCCACCGCAGCGUGAGUGUUCGUACCGACCUUCGUGAACGGACGCGUGAUGGCAUCACAGUGACGGGCUUCGAUGCGGUCAUUAACCCAAAGGAUCUGCCAGCUUGGUUCGACGUGCUCUACGAGAAGAUCGGUGUGCGGAGUGGUGUCAUCCAUCCAGGGAAGCAUAUCCCAGCCACCGCCGGGAAGAUUCAGCUGGGCAACUAUGGCAAGUUCUGGGAGGAGUUGGUGGAGGGCCGGGUGGAGUACCUCCAUGAUGGCACACGACCCACCUCGCGAAAGGACCCACUACAAUGGUGCUGA